AUGACGAUGAGGGCAAUCCGCUUGCACGACAUCGGCGACGUUCGCCUCGACAACAUACCGGAGCCACAGGUUGGCGACAAUCAAAUCAAGAUCAAGGUUGCAUGGAACGGCAUAUGCGGAUCUGACCUGCACUGCUAUCGCCAUCCUCUGCCCGGAACCGUACCCACGAAGACGGUCGCUCAAACUCUUACAAAUGAGACAUUGCCAAUUGUCUUGGGACACGAAUUCUCUGGAACAAUCGUGGAGGUCGGCACAGGAGUCGACAGUUCUCGCUUCGCAAAGGGUCAGAAUGUGGUUGUAGAGCCCAUGAUCGCCUGCGAGAAGUCUACUUGCGCAAAAUGCUCCAACAAGUCGCGUAACUUUUGUCCUCACAUGACAUUCAUCGGACUUGGCGGUGGUGGAGGCGGCCUUUCAGAAUAUGUGUGCGUUGACCCGAGUUUGGUAUACGCGCUUCCAGACGGAAUGUCCUUGGAAGCUGGUGCGUUGGUGGAGCCGUUGACUGUCGCUUGGCACGCCGUCAAGGGGUCGAAGAUGCAACCGGGUGCUUCCGUUCUCGUUUGUGGAGCGGGCCCUGUCGGCUUGCUUGUCCUGAAAGUAGCGAAGGCACUCGGGGCGUCGUGGGUUGCAGUCUCGGAACCUGCGGUGAAGAGACGCCAGCUGGCCAAGGAGCACGGCGCAGAUGCCGUCUUCGACCCCACCGCCCCUGGCGCCAAUGUUCCCGCUGCGGUCUUCGAGGCGACCGGGGGACGUGGUGCAGACGUCGUCUUCGACUGCGCUGGAGUUCAGCCCGCGAUCGACGUCGCGUGCCAGGCCGUGCGCGUGAAGGGGACGGUCAUGGUCGUCGCUCUCUGGGCAGUCGCGCAAGUACAUCUCGGUAUCGUUCUGAUGAAAGAGGCCAUCAUCACUGGAUCUUGCGCCUACAACCGCGACCACGCCGAAGUACUCCAAGCCCUCGCUGAGGGGAAGUUCCCCGGGCUGGAGUCUUUGAUCACUCGUCGCAUAGGCCUGGAAGACUGCUUGGAGAAGGGCAUUCUGGCUCUGAUUAACGAGAAGGACGAGCACGGCAAGUCGCUGAAGAUCUUGGUACACCCGAACGCCUGA